GCCUGGAUUAGGCACAGGUAAAUGCGGGGUCUGGGCCAAACCGCGUAGCUCUUACUCAACCGAUAACAGAACCUUGUGAUAAUACGACAAUUUGCUAGAAUUCGUGGCAUCAUGAGCGCCCAAGACGCACUAUCUCAACAGGCCGUGCAGAAUUCCAUUUAAUUUUGCACCAACGCUGCGUGUACCUCCGCAUUCACAGCUCUCAUUUCCUACCAUCGUUUUACAUCCUACCUCUAUGGCGUCAGACGCCGCUCAUCUACCUCCGCUAGUGCCCAAGACGUCCAAAGGCCCCAACGUCCCACGCGAGGAUACUGCAAGGCGAAAGUCCGCCUCCAAAAGUCGCAAUGGAUGCGUCACAUGUAAAGCACGGAGAGUGAAGUGCGAUGAGACAAAACCUGCAUGUAAUCAAUGCACUCGCAGGCGUGUAACUUGCGGAGGAUAUAAGAAAGACAUACGCUUCCGACCGGUGGAGAGAGCUCCGGCUCCUACCGCAAUACCUCCGCCUACCCCAGCCUCCACGGAAGAAAGAGAAGCACCCGUAGUAGAAAGCACUAUUCACUUUGGUGAGGAUCGAUCUGGUGACGAUGAUCCUACGCGUGCUUCGGGAAACCCCGGAACGAAUUUCUUUUGGCCUUGGCUAGAAGAAGAUGUAUCCAAUAUCUCCUUGCCCGAGCUUGACUUGAGUACGUUGCCAUGGAUGGAUUUCUCGCAUUUGGACUUUCCCGCUGCUACUGACAGUAAUCAAACACUGGAUCAAAUCAUUGAAGAGGCGAACAUAGACAAUAAGCAUGUCAUAGAAGGGUCACUCGGAAGCACGGACAACGUUAAUCCAGAUUCUUUUCUGCAUUCGCCGGAUUCGCCUUCAUUAGAAGUCCCCAAUUUUCCUUUCUUCCAGAACAUUGAGCUUGAAGCGGACGACAAAGACGAGGUGGAAUCUCUUUUCCACCAGGAAACCGUUACUGUACUCUCGAUAUGGGAAGACAGAGACAGAAAUCCUUGGCGCACUAUGAUAUGGCCCAUGGCACAAGAGUCAAAAGCGCUUUAUCACGCUAUAGCUGCAAUGACAUUCCUGAUGCAGAGUAAGUAUACGCCUCAUGCACGCGAGAAGGGUCUUAUACAUGCGCGCAAAAGCACACAGCAACUUGCAGCAGACUUGAGCAGUGGAGAGAUUCAGAUAGACACCGCACUUGCUGCAACCAUAGCGCUGGGUUUCGCUGAAGCAUGGGAUUUCCAAAAGUCAUCGACAGGGCGAAUGCAUAUUCAAGGCGCAAGGAUUCUCCUGCAACAGUCUAUCUCACAGCACCAACUAUCGCAGCCAUCCGAUGAUGCAGUCUCAGCUCGCCUCAGAUUUCUAGGAAACACCUGGAUCUAUAUGGACGUAUUAGCCCGUCUGACCUCUGAUUGUGGACCAAGCUUAGACUCAGAUCUCUUGCACUUUUUCACUGACGCAGGUCCACUCGCAAUUCGAGAAGAGCUUGAUCCGCUCAUGGGUUAUGCAGCUUCGCUGUUUCCAAUCAUUGGCCGGGUUGCAGAUCUGAUAGCUACCAUUCGAACACGCAACCAGCGGCGCAAUUCACCCAUCAUUAUUUCGAAAGGCAUAGAGCUCAGGCACGUGAUCCAAGACUGGUCUCCAGCCAUCGAUCUAGAAGAGGUGGAGAAGCCUACAUCCAACAUGGUUGAAGCCAUUCAGACAGCCGAGGCGUACAGGUGGGCCACAUUACUUCUACUCCAAGAGGCCGUACCUGAGCUACCCAGCUUGGUCGCGUACAAAGAGCUGGGUCAGAAGACACUUGUCUAUCUCGCUACCAUACCCGUCAGUUCUGCAACCAUCAACGUGCAUACAUAUCCUCUGAUGGUCGCGGCCACCGAGGCCGUCGAAGAAGAAGAUCGAGAGUUUGUCCGUGAUCGCUGGAAAAUUAUGCGCAAACGCAUGGUCAACGGUAUCAUCGACCGCUGCGAAGACGUCAUGGAGGAGGUUUGGCGCAGGAGGGAUGCUCAUUUCUCUGCAUGGCUAGCCCGUAACAGCCCAGACCCUUCCACCUUCUCACCUUCCAAUGCUGGAGGGAUUGCUGGGCUCAUGGACGGUUCAAAUAAGACAUCACCAGGAACGGGGAGAGAGCAAGCAAAGUCUCCUACAAGAAGGUCGACUGCGCACUCUGACUUCCCCAUAUCGAUUGCGUUCAAGAAAGGAGUCGACCCGAUUACUCGGAGUGGGAACGUCGACUAUACUGUGAAGGGGAAUUUGCACUGGAUUGAGAUUAUGAAGGAGCGGGGUUGGGAAGUCUUGCUUGGAUGAUCGACACAGUGAGCCAUCGGCUCAUAGUCAGUAGCGUCGGGACGUUCGGUACAAUCAAUGGAAUGAGGACUCCAUACGACAUGAAUUCAGACAUGUUUGUAUCAUAUUAAGCGUUAUCUGAGUGUAAACAUAUUACGCUGCGUUUGACAAGUGCUGAGGUCAUAUUCAAGCAUAGCAAAUCAUGCAUUACCCCAAGCUCACAAGAACCACGCGACUGCAGCCCCCAAACCAGCCAACGCUGGCGCCAAUGUCUUCAUCGGCGCAGCACCCUCGCUU